AAAGACUAAUACUCCAUAAGAAAACAAGGUAUUCGUUGCGAAUACUCUUGAAAGUAUAUAUAUGUUUAGUUAGUAAGUACGAUCCAUUCGUAGCGAAUAAAAAGUCUUUUUGUUGUUGUGUUAUUUUUUGUUCUUCAUAUCUUCUGUGUUGUUAGGAAAUAAAUUUUAAAAAAAGAUUAAGAUGUGUUCAUUUAUAUUCUGGUUCUUUCUUGCUACUCUUGAACUUUGUUCAUGGUUACUUUGAGAAAAUACUUACAUCAAUACGAAAACUCUGUUAAUAGUAUUUAAUUUGACAUAAUAUUAACAUUUUUGGCUUUACGAUAACACUGUACGAGCGGUACGAAGACCCUGCAAAAACGAUACGAAGGUCCUGUAGAAUGUAUAGGUACACUUUGUCAAUGCAUACGAAAGUCUGUGUAUUUGUGAUACGAAAGCCCUGUAAAAACUGAUACGAAAGCCCUGUAAAAUCGAUAAAAAAGUGCAUUAAUUUUUGAUUACGAAAGCCCUGUCAAAAAGGCGAUACGAAAGCCCAGUAAAACUUAAAAAACACUGGGCUUUCGUAACCGACCGUUCCGAGAUGAUACUUUCUCGUCAAAUUUUAUGAACAUAAUACGAAUUACUAAAGUAUUACAAAAGGUGGAUUCGUUGACAUAGUGUUCUUCGCUUUGUUUUCAGUAACGACAACCACAAGUACAAGCACAACGACAACGACAAGUACAAGUACAAGUACAACGACAAGUACGAGUGCAACUACAGCAACAACUACAACUUCAACUUCAGCGACAACUGCAACUACAACUACAGCGACAACUGCAACUACAACUACAGCGACAACUUCAACUUCAACUUCAACUACAACACCAAGUCCAGCAUGUGCUGCAAUAAGUUUUGCCAAUGGUGAUUUUGAAUCUGGUACAUCCGCGGGCUGGACAGUCGGUGGUGGUUCACGUAAUGGGGACAUCACAGACAACAUUUAUCCCGACGAUUACUUGCCCGGUGGUUCACAUUAUAGUUUAACUAUUGCCAAUACACAUUCAAGUAUUGUUACUCAUGGCUACGAUCCAGUCCUUGGCACUUUAAUGCCAAACAUCGUGUUUCGAGGGAGCUAUUCGUGGCGUGUUGAGGAUACGGUGAAUGGUGGAUAUGGAUCUGUUCUUUCUCAAGCAGUCCAUAAUUAUUCGUGUACGGAUAUAUAUUUUGCGUGGUUAGCGGCUUUGGAAAAUGGUGGCCACACUGCAGCUCAAUCGUCCGUUAUGAUCAUCGAAGUGAAAGAUUUGACCGUUGGUGACGUAAUACUCAGACGCGUCUACAAUGCCGGAGGUUCAGGCGGAGUCGAUAGUCGUUUCAAUCAAUCUGGUUCAUACUUCUAUACGCCUUCUUGGGAAAUCGAGCAUUUGGUUAUCAACAGCACUCGCAUAGGUAACAGCUUCACUUUAAGUGCACUCGCAAUAGACUGCUCACAACUUGGUCAUUCAGGUCGUAUCUAUCUCGACAGUUUUGGUGGUGUUCCAUUAUAA